CUUUUGUUAUUCCUCUGCACAACUUGCUACCAUGACAUCAAAAUAUGUCUUCUUUCUCCAUCUUCUUCUAUCAUUCACCAUUUCUCUUACCACUCCCUUUCUUUUUUCAGUUGAUUGUUUUUAUGUACUCCAAAAGAACAAUACUUCUUUCUGGGUGUGUUACUGCUAUUGAUGAAUACAUGAACGAUGAAAUGCCUAUUGGAUGGCCAUUUGGUCUAGGCUUUCUGAAUACAAGACUUAGAGAUGUAGAACCACUUCCAGCUGCUCCAGUAGAGCCACACUCAAUGCACAUUCCGUCCACCAGUUUUUCCUCAUUCUCAUCAUCCAACCUUGAUACUGAGUCGACAGCAUCUUUCUUUCAAGACAACAGUGUAUCCCUGGGGCAUCUGAUUGGGCUGAGAGCAGGAGAAAAGGGACGCUUGUACUUUCCAAACUCACUGAGAAUAGAAGAAAGGGAGGAGAAAACAUUAGCAAAGUGUUCAACUUCUGAUGAUGAUGGCUCUAAAGUAAAAGAAGAAGAAAUGUCUCGUGGCAUUUGUAUACCUAUACUACUUGAGGCCCUAUUCAAGAUCAGCAAAAGUAAGAAAAGUUCAACUAACUAAGCCUUGUCUCUACUCAAAAUUAACAACAAUCAUUUUUCUUUCGUUUCAGCUCAGUUUCCAAAGUAGAAUAGAAAAGGGAGUCUUGGUGUAUUUUGUUAUUCUGUUCUUUAGCAGCAUUCUGUCUCUUCUACCACAUCUUUGCAUACCCAAUAAAAUGUUUUUCUAGUUCUUGUGAUCUUCCAAACUUUAAUUUUCAGUUAGUUGUAAAAGUUUGUGCUCCGUCUGCAUAAUUACAUAGAUGUUGAUUAAUCAGCGAGUGAAGCAAGUCAUAGAAAUAUGAUUCCAUUA